CGGCCAGCAGGGGGCAACAGAUCACAGCACGCGGGAGUCGAGGGGGUCAAUAUGAGUGAACACUGUAGAGCUCAGGGGUUCCAGAUUACUUGAGAAAUCUGACUAUGAGGAGUCGGCGAAACAGAAGAACAGAGCUGCACGCUUUCGUGCUUUUCAGAAGCGUGGAGAUAACGCGACCGUCGGAGAGGAACUAAAGGACUAUGAGGACGAAAAACCGAGACCAAAUAGAGAGACAAGACAAAGGAGAGCUCCGUUUCUAUAAAUACACUCCAUAACGGAGCAAACAAAGCACAACAACUGUUUUGAGACUUACAUUGCUGUAUGGUUAUCGCAUACACAGGAGAGACUGGACCGAAAGUGAUUGCAUUUCACUGAUUUAACGUUUCGUGUGUGAAAAUGGGGGAGCAGCCACUAUUCAGCUUGAAGGCGCACGUCUUCCAAAUUGACCCGGACACUAAACGAAAUUGGAUUCCGGCCAGCAAACACGCCGUCACCGUGUCCUUCUUUUAUGAUGCCGCCAGGAGCGUGUAUCGCAUUAUCAGCGUAGGGGGCACUAAGGCGAUUAUUAACAGCACCAUUACACCUAAUAUGACCUUCACGAAAACGUCACAGAAGUUUGGCCAGUGGGCAGACAGCAGGGCCAACACAGUGUAUGGCCUUGGGUUUGCCACGGAGCAGCAGCUUCAGCAGUUCUCGGAGCAGUUUAAAGAGUUUAAAGAGUCUGCGCGGCUCGUCCGGGAUAAAUCACAGGAGAAGUUUGAGCUGUUGAGUCCUGCCCUAAACAUCUCUUCUCCACAGGUGCUGUGUGAGGACCGUCAGUCUCCUCCAUUGCUUGGUGUCAAUGGCUCCAGUGAGGACAAGUUGUUUCGCAGCAAGAGUGCUGAUAUGGAGGAAUCCUCAGAGAAAGAACAGAUGAGGAAGAUGCUUUCUGAAGGGUCGAUAUGUGAGAGAAACCCGGAGGCCGAGCUGUUUUCUCUUCGGGACAGCAAUGCUAAACUGGUGGCCGCUCUUCAUGAAGCUAACAGCAGCAUCGAUCAAUGGAAAAAACAAUUAGCCGAGUAUCAGGAAGAAACCGUUCGCCUACGAGAGCAGGUGGCAGAGCUGGAGGCUCAGAGGGGGGUUUCUGCCUCCAGCGAGACGGCCAGCGAGGAGCUCUCCCAGACUGUUGCAGAGAUGGAGGCUCUUAUCAAAGCUAAAGAUGAGGAAAUAAGUAUUCUACGAGGCAAGAAACCAGAUGUAAUUGAGCUGGAGAAAGAAAGGGAAGAAGCCUGUCAAAGGAUGCAGGAUCUGGAAGUGAAGAACUCGGAGUUGGAGAAACGAGUGCGAUCAGCAGAGGGCGCUUUAGCUUCGUCCCAGGAUGCCCGGAGCAGGGCAGAGAUCGCGAUGCAGAAGGUCAUAGAAACUUUAGACGUCAAGAUCUGCAACUUGAGCGACCUGCGACAGAACCUAGCCAAGCUCCUGGAGAAAUGACCACUGCGCUCAGACAAACGUUCAGGGUCAUUAUGAGGUAGAUGAGAUCUCUGAAAUCUUCCCUUGAUGCACAACUCAUCAGUUCCUCAUGUACCAAGCAGGUAGUAAUAACUAGAGAUGUGAUAAGUAACUCAAUUUAGGACCCAUUCAUUACACAUUUGCUUCCUGAGAGCCAUGGGUGUAAGUUUCCAGAUGUUUCUCACACACAGAACCGGGCCUGUUUUGAUUGAAAUCAAUCAGACUAGAACUUCUUUUAGACUUGUUUAUUGGUACUAGAAAAUCAAUAUAGUUGAAAUUAUUAUUAAGAUCUGUGAUUUGGUUGUGACCAGUUUUCUAAUACGAAUAAGGCUUUGAACAGACGGUUCUGUAGAUAUGAUCUACUGUUUGAUGUAUGUAUCAGUAUUAUUGUUAUUAUAAAAAUAUCUCACUCUUUACGGACACCAGCAUGUCUCUGUUAGGAUGUUAAGCAAUUUAUUGGCUUACAGUUUCACAUAAGUUUGCUUAAUGCAGAGCUCUGCGAUUGACCAACAGGGAAAUCUAAGCACACAACACUAACAAACGUGAAUGGUUAACUGGAUCUUUUUCAUGAAUUAAUUUAUUCAUUAUUUUCACUGGUUUUUGGUGCAGUCUAAAUAUGUAGGUAGUUCUAAAUCUAAUGCAGUUCUGCAGAGUACUUUAAUGUUAAGAUUCCAUUAGCACUUCUAAAUGCAACAACCCUUUAGGAAAAACACUUUUUAUAGACCACUAUCAUUUGCAAUACCUCAGCAUGCAUCUUUAUACCAAGCGUUACAGUUCAGUAGUUCUUCCUCUUUUUAAAAACAUGACCUUUCACUUUAACUGUUGCUUUCGUUUGACGUUGCUUGGACAUUUGGCCUGUAACCUCAAAGACAUUUGCACAUAUGCUAUUUUUCUAUGGUGUGCGCCUGUUGUUGCCUGUGGUUUUAUAUGAAUUCACAAUAAAAGUAUUUGCUUCAUGUGUA